AUGAACACCGUCCAAAGCACGGGCCAUGCAACCGUUCGGAAUAAGAAAGACUCACAGUUCGAGGAGUUAACAGUCUCUUCCUCGGAGAAAAGAAAUUGGAGAGGCAUUUUUAUAGCGCUUUUAGUGAUUGCUGCCGUACUGGGGCUAAUAGUGUUUUCGAUUCUACUUCUGUCGCCAGAAAUUGAAAACUCCAAGCUACACGGCCGCCGCAUAUCGCUGUACGACAUCAAGUCGGGCCGCUAUGACUGGAACGCGCAGAACGGGUCCUGGAUUAACCGGUACGAGUAUGUUUUCAUUAACUCUGAGGGCGGCCUGACAUCGCUGCAGAUCAGCCGGACCAGUGGCUUCCGGUUCGAGGUGCUGAUGAACAACUCGACUUUCCGGCAACUGAACGUUGACAGCUACGAUGUGUCACCAGAUCGGAACUUUGUGCUGCUGUACGCUGCGAAGGGCAACGCUCAGCAGAGCAACCGCAGCUACUUUAUCUACGAUCUGACCACCUCGAACGUGUUUCCACUGUCGGUGAAGGAAGGCGAUCAGCUGGCGCCGCAGCUGCAGCGUGUCCUCUGGGCGCCGAUCGCCCCGACACCGAAUGCUUCCGGUGGGGCCUCAUCGUCGCCGUGGCCCUGGUACGAGGGCGGCGACAAGGGCCAGCAGCAGCAACAGCAGCAGCAGACGCCGCCAUCGUCGUCAUCCUCCUUUGCUGGCUGGGCUACGUCCGCGCAGGGUAUCGCGUUCGUGCACCAGGGCGAUAUUUACUACAAACCACGCGUACAGUACGAUCUGAUCUGCCGCAUCACCACCAACGGGAAGGAUGGUGGCGUGCUGAACGGAGUGCCAGACUGGCUGUACGCGAACGUGCCGGAGCUGAAAGGACCGACCCUUAUGUUUUCACCCGAUGGCCAAUACCUGUCCUUCCUGUCCUUCAACGUGACGCAGGUACAGCGGUAUCAGUACCUUUGGUAUGGUGAUGGGCAGCAGUACCCGAAGAUGCGCAGCAUCCGCUAUCCGAAGGUGAACUCACCGAACCCGAACGUAACGGUGUCGGUGGUGCACCUCGGUGUGCUGAAGUACAUCUUCCCGAAGCAGAUUACCGUCCCGGCGCCCAUCCUGGCCACCGCCAGCUACGUCGGGGGCCUGCGCUGGCUAUCGCCGGUCGAGCUGUCGGUCACGUACGCCAGCCGCAACCAGAGCCUGGCGCACGUGCUGCUGUGCCGAGCGCCGACCUUCGCCUGUGUGGAGAUCUUUCAGGAGAAAGCGGUCGCCAACUCGUGGGUGCUGAUCGGCGAGAGCCCCCUGUUCAUCCGCCGGCAUCCGACGUCGGACGUCGACGCCCGUGACGGGUUGGUGGUGGCGGCACCGCCGACGGCACCACCACCACCACGGAACGGAAGCUCCCCGGGACCGUUGCAACCGUUGGCGCAGCCGACAGUGGCCCACGCCCCGCCCACGCCCCGAACCGAGCCGAGGCCGCUCUACAUGGUGAAGCGGUUGAACGUGCGGGACGGGUCCCACGGGUACUACCGCCACCUGGUGCUGGUGCAGCUCGGCACCAAGCGCACCAUCACGCUGACGAUGGGCCAGUUCGAGGUGACCGAGAUCGUCGGCUACGAUGCCCGGCGCGGGCUCGUGUACUUUAUGGCCGCCCCUUACCACAAGCCGGGCCAGCGCCACCUGUACAAGAUACCACUCGGGCUGGACCAGCUGACUGGCGCCCCGCUGGCGGAUGGCACGGACGAGCCGGAUGGGGGAGCACCCGGUGGGACAAGCGGCCACCACUAUCCGGCGACCGGUAACACCAGCGGUGACGUGCAGCCGCUCCGAAUGUUCGGGUCCGCCGUGCCGUACUGCGUCACGUGCGGUAGCGGCCGCCCACCACCGACCACCGACGAUGCGGAAGGCGCAUCGACGGGCGGGAAGCCACUGCCGAACAAUUGCCUGUACAACCGUGUCACGUUCAACGACGAUUACACCUACUUCGUGCAAGAGUGCCUCGGGCCAGACUCGCCGUCCACGUACCUGAUCGAGGCCAGCACCGAGCGCCGGCUGCGGGUCCUGAACGACGGCAACGAGCUGCGCGACCAGCUCGCCCAGCUGGCCAAGCCGCAGAUCAUGACGUUCAGCGUGCAGAUCAAGUACGACUUCAACGCGCAGGUCAAACUAUUCCUACCGCCCGGCGUCAAGGAGGACGACGAUCUGCAGCUGCCACUGAUCCUGCAUAUAGAGGCCGCCCCGGAGCGCCAGCUCGUGUCGGAGGAGUAUCACGUGGACUGGAACUGGUACCUGAGCAGCCACCAGUCGUACAUUAUCGCCCAGAUCGAUGCCCGCGGGUCCGGCUUCCAGGGCGAAUCGCUCAAGACGCAGAUCCGGGGGCGCGUCGGCAUCGAGGUCGAGGACCAACUGGCCGUGCUAAUGUAUCUGCGCGAUAAUCUGAAGCUGGUAGAUCCGAACCGGAUUUGCGUGUACGGGAAGGGCUACGGUGGCUACAUCGCGGUGCAGAUGCUGGCAACCGACGCGAACCAGGUACUCAAGUGCGUGGCGGCUAUCUCGCCGAUCGUGUCGUUCCGUUACUACCAUUCCUUCUUCACCGAGCGCUACGUGCUGCAGCAGGAGGACAUCGAACGAUCGCUGAUCGAGUCCGACCUCUCGACCAAGGUGGGCGCCCUGGCCUCGAAGAACUUCCUGGUGAUCCACAGCACAGCCGACUGCAUGGUGCACGAGCAGCACGCUGCCUUGCUCACCCGGGCGCUAGUCAACCGAGGUAUCAUCUUCCGGCACCAGAUGUACGUCGACGAGGAUCACGAGUAUAGGAGUGUGUCGGAGCACCUGUACCAUACCAUCGAGACCUACAUCGAGGAGAACUUUGGCAACGAUAAUCAGGACUGGACGUCGGCAUUCUUUCUGUCUAAAACGUAGUUCUUUCCGGUGGUGUUCUGGUUUCCAGCAGUAGAACGAAAACCCAACUAGGAAAAGAGGCAGAAAAAAGCAGAAGACAUGAAAACAUACAAACACGUUUGAUUGAUGAUAGAAUAAUGGUAAUUCAAAACGAAAUAAGUGCUAAGAUAAGACAGCCCGAAUCGAAUCCCAAUCAAUAUGAUACAGUAUUUAACAGUACGGCUCUACGGCAGCUCUGGGCAUGUGUCCUGGUGAGACCCAGAGCCUCUGGCGUCGUGGGUUACUGGCGGCCGGUGGAACCGGAGGUUUGAUUCGUACGAUUACUGCUAAAGACCGCGCACAAACCAAGUCAGUCGCCAGUCUUGGUCUGGCCAGAUCCUUUCCUCCUGACACUCCGCACUCCGUAGCAAAAGCCUAAAUUCUUCCAAUCCUUCACUCUCCUGCUGGGCCUGCUGCAGGUUGCUGGUGCACGGAUGUUUGACAUCCGGCAGCUCGAACUAGAAGCCAACCUUUCUCUUCCGGCGUUUCCCGGGGAAGCCACAGCAGUCGCGGGCCACAGUCGUUUGCGUCCGAGCCAUCCGGGGGCCACCCGGAGUCUCUUACUUACGGACCCGGCCAUACAUCGCAUACACCACCUGGCACUGGCGACCGACCACGUCGGAUAACUUGGCCAUUUCGCCAUUUCUCCACUCCGAUCACCGAG